AAAGGGGGAUCGAGAGAGGAAGAGACGUCGAAGAAGUAGAAGAAGCAGAAGCAAAAGGAGAAGUAGUAGUUGUGGAACGGGUGAAACUGCUUUUGGCAGCCAAUUCAAAAUGGCAAUCAAGAAGACCUAUUCAAGCUGUAUCCCAUUUUGGAGUGUGUUAUUGUUUGUCACGUUAGCAUCAGAUCGGGGAAAUGCCAAUGAAGGCAGUGAUUUAGAUAACCCAUUGGAACUCGGAGACAUCAUGCCGCAGAACAGAAAACUCUAUGACAAGAUGCGUCCCCCAAAAUAUAAAGGCAAUGCCACGGAAGUCAACUUUCAUGUGACGGUCAUGAGCUUGGACACGAUUGACGAAAGCUCCAUGACCUACACUUGCGACGUAUUUUUCGCUCAAAGUUGGAAGGAUAACCGUCUGAGACUGCCUGAUAACAUGACGUCCGAGUAUCGACUCUUGCCUAUCGAAUGGCUCACCGAGAUCUGGAGGCCCGAUUCGUUCUUCAAGAAUGCUAAAAGUGUCACCUUCCAGACCAUGACCAUCCCCAAUCACUACAUCUGGUUGUGGAAAGAUAAAACCAUUUUGUACAUGGUCAAGCUAACGCUGGUCCUAUCAUGUCCCAUGCAUUUCAAUAAUUAUCCUCACGACACCCAGACGUGCAAUUUGGAGAUAGAGAGCAUUUCACACACCACAGACGACCUCAUAUUCAUUUGGGAUCCUCAAAUUCCACUCGACGUGGAUAAAGGCAUUGAAUUGCCCCAGCUGGAGCUAAUUUCUACCAAAAAUGAUGACUGCACUACGGAAUAUUCCACAGGCAAGUUCACUUGUUUGGAAGUGGUGUUCAUGUUCAAGCGUCGGUUGGGCUAUUACCUGUUCCACACCUAUGUUCCCACGUGCUUGAUCGUGAUCAUGUCGUGGAUCUCGUUCUGGAUCAAGCCUGAAGCGGUUCCAGCUCGUGUUACUCUGGGCGUGACGAGCCUUCUGACCCUUUCCACUCAACACGCCAACAGCCAAAAAUCUCUUCCUCCAGUUUCAUACAUCAAAGCCAUUGAUGUUUUCAUGUCCGGAUGCACAGUGUUCGUGUUCUUAUCGCUAAUGGAGUAUGCCUUGGUGAAUAUUGUGAUGGGAGAUAUAGCCGAUAUAGAGAAGAAGAAAUCCAUGGGCAUCAGCAACCUCAUUUUGGGAACACGGGGCAUCCAGCUACCCAAGCGAGACCGAGAAUUCCCUUGCGACGCCGAUGGCAAUGUUCAGUUAUCCAUGGUCAAUGAUCAUCAACCUGAUCGGCGAUCGGAAAGGAAAUAUGGAGAUGGCUUCCUCAAGGAAGGCGAUCCGUUGGAAAACAACUAUGAUGUGACCUCGCAUCUCCUGUCCUCCCAAGAGUGCGUUCAUUCGCGCUCACGCUCUCGUUCCGGUGAUAUGAUCUACGAAAUCCCCAAAGAGCGGCAUCACAUGUCCACCAAGCAAAUGGAGUCCGAGCUCGGCGUUAACGGAGAUUCAACCUCUCAUCACCAUCAUCCGAGUCGUCUGCUCCACCCCGCCGAACUUGGGCGUUACCCGUCGUCUGUCGGUGGUCCGAUGACUCAGGCAUCUAAUCUGCCACCCCCUCCUCCUCCCCCGCCCAUUAACAAUCACUUGGCCACCGUGUCGAGUAAUGUCCUCAGUCAGCAAGGAAUCAAAAGCCUCGUCCACGACGUUCAAAUGAAGAGGCAAAAAGAGAUUCGCGAUAUGAUGAAGAAAAAACGCGAAAAAGCCGUUUUGGUGGAUCGGAUCUCGCGGUGGUUGUUCCCUACCAGCUUCAUCCUUCUCAACAUUGUGUAUUGGGCUCUUUUUGGGGAUCAUGACUUGUGGUGAUGAAAUAGUCGUCGUCGUCGUUGUUGUUGUUGUUGAUGUACUAACAAGCAACUGGGUUUAGGAUCGAUCAUUUUGAAAUGUGAAGGAAAACGUCUACGGGAUCAAUUAUGCUGGAGGAGUUGAAUUUGAUAACAAAAAUAGCUUGCAUUUGGUCCGUCAUCAAGGCUGUAAAAGCUCUGGUAUCAGCUGCUUUUUCGAGUCCAGCCAACCAACCAUCAAGAUAAUGAAAUUUGGGUUCUUUUUUUUUACCAAAAUGGCGAGACAGAAAGAAGCAGGCAGGUUGGCAUGCGAAUUAGUCGACUUGAGAACCCGACCACUGAUCGGAUAUGAACCCUCAAGAUUGCAAGUCAAAGGAUACCAAGGUGAUUUUUUUGAAAGAAAACAAGAGAUUAUUAGAGCCAAUACUUGCAAGUGCGCGUAUUCUUCUUGCGAUGGUUCGAACGAUCAAUUCGUUUCGACCCUUUCCAUUUGCAAAUAAGAGCUUGAGAGCCGAUUGACCUCAAAACUGUGAUGGGCAGCAUGUUAGUUUCUUUUUCAAGUGUCUCUUUCAAGACAUUUAAAGAUGACAUUGACGUCUGGGUAUUCCUUUAGUGGCACGUUGGAAAUAUUUUUGUUAUCAAAUCAAAACCUCCGGUUGGAUUAUAUCCAAACGAACAAACGUAUGAAACCAAUUUAAUGAAAAAAAAACAAGGAGAGGACAAAUUUGACUAUUGAAAACAAAGCCUGUGGUUGUAUAUUUUUUCUAAUAAAACUUACUUUGAGUCCACAUGA